GCCCCCAGAGCAGCGGCCCAGCACCAGCACCUUCCCAGCGGGCAAGUGAAUCAUGGAGCUACGUGUGGGGAACAAGUACCGCCUGGGCCGGAAGAUUGGGAGUGGGUCCUUCGGAGAUAUCUACCUGGGUGCCAACAUUGCGUCUGGUGAGGAAGUGGCCAUCAAGCUCGAGUGCGUGAAAACGAAGCACCCCCAGCUGCACAUUGAGAGCAAGUUCUACAAGAUGAUGCAGGGGGGAGUGGGGAUCCCAUCCAUCAAGUGGUGUGGAGCCGAGGGCGACUACAACGUCAUGGUCAUGGAGCUGCUGGGGCCUAGCCUCGAGGACCUGUUCAACUUCUGCUCCCGCAAGUUCAGCCUCAAGACGGUGCUGCUCCUGGCCGACCAGAUGAUUAGCCGUAUCGAGUACAUCCACUCCAAGAACUUCAUCCACCGAGAUGUCAAGCCCGACAACUUCCUCAUGGGGCUGGGGAAGAAGGGCAACCUGGUGUACAUCAUUGACUUUGGCCUGGCCAAAAAGUACCGGGACGCCCGCACGCACCAGCACAUCCCCUACCGGGAAAACAAGAACCUGACCGGCACUGCCCGCUACGCCUCCAUCAACACACACCUGGGCAUUGAGCAAAGCCGCCGAGAUGACCUGGAGAGCCUGGGCUAUGUGCUCAUGUACUUCAACCUGGGCUCACUGCCCUGGCAGGGCCUCAAAGCGGCCACCAAGCGCCAGAAGUACGAGCGGAUCAGUGAGAAGAAGAUGUCGACGCCCAUCGAGGUCCUGUGCAAAGGCUACCCCUCCGAGUUCUCAACAUACCUCAACUUCUGCCGCUCCCUGCGGUUCGAUGACAAGCCCGACUACUCCUACCUGCGCCAGCUUUUCCGCAACCUCUUCCACCGGCAGGGCUUCUCCUACGACUACGUCUUCGACUGGAACAUGCUCAAAUUCGUGAGUCACCUGGAGGCCAAGGCGGUCUUGGGGAACUGGAUGGGGCAGGCCCUGACUCAGAAGGUCAGAGUGACCCAGUGGCGGGCGGGGCUCCCGAGUAAUGGCAGCUAUGAGCUGGACAGUGCAAGCGACCUCUCUGGGGUCCCAGGGCCCCCGUGGUACCCCCACUCCACCCUCAUCAGUGCUGACAGCGGGCACCACCACGGGCAGCAAGGCCCGGGUGGGGCACCACCUCCCACCAGAACGAGGCGCGCCUGGCUCAGCUUCAAGUCCCUCCUAGGUGCCCUCGGUGGGGCCUGGAUGGUGCUGGCGAGCCCGCCUGCCGCCUUGAUUGUUGCCUAUGCCGUUCUGCUCUUCCUGUUCUGCACCUCCCAGGCGGCGGCCCUCACCGUUGUCCCUCUGGCUAGCCUGGACCCAUUCAUGCUGGUUUCUUUCUUCUUGGUCAUGGGACCCUGGGUCUUGCUAGGCGGCCAUUCUGUCUCCCUCUUUUAAGGGUCCCAGGGUGGGUUGAGGGAAAGCAUUCGUCAGCUGUGCCUGGAACUCCGGAAGCUGUGAAAUCAUAUGUCUUGUUUCAAAUCUCUUCUGGAAAAGGGGGCUUCCUCGAGCCAGGCUCAGCCCUGUGACAGAGAAGCCAUUGCACCACCCCGUCCC